UGUAUACCAUAGUAAUGCCCAAAAACACACGCUUCGGAACUGUGAGAGGACCGUCAUCGUUUGUUUGGCGUGCCAAGCGAAUAGGUAGCCCAGUUCAGCCACAGGCAUAUGCAGCCCACUCCCUACGCUACACUGUACGUAUGCAGCCAGUCCCGGUGUUUUGCCAUGUGGCAUUGCCGACUUCGCCCACGAUCCCAUGAUCCCACAGCCCGCGCCUGGACGACGCACACUUC